UUUUUUCCUCUCCCUUGAUUUCAACAUUUUCCCGAUCUUCUUGGCGCCGCCGACGCCUCUUACCUGUUCUGCGCAGCGGCGCAGCUGGCAGCUGAGAGAAGUGGGGGUGCGUUUUAGGUUUUAAGCAAAGGCAAAAAAAAAAAAAAUUAAGCCAAAUCCAUUUUUUUUCCUUCACCUCUCCCCGUUUCAAGGCCUCCAAGAUCAUUAUUUCUGUAGCUUUGGGGUGAGCGAUUCUGUGUUUCUCUUCAUCACCCCUCCAAUUCUGCCCCGAUCCCGCCUGGGUCUCCACUCACUGCGUGCACCUGGCGCGCCUCUUUUUUUUUCACCCCCAACCUGUUGCAAGUCUUUAAUCCUUGCAAUUGGGACUUGCGUGCAGGCACCUGAAUCCUCCUUGCCUCAUAUUUUGCAAGUGUUUGGAGGACAGCACCUGCUUUACCUGCAAGAGAUAUUUUUUAAAAAAAAAAAAUCUCCAGGCUCCCUCUUGGCCCCUUUCUCCACACACUCUCGCUCUCCUGCCCCGCCCCGAGGUAAAGCCAGACUCGGAAAAAAUGGUGAUCAGCGUGGUCCUCCUGCUGCUGGCCGCCUGUGCCGUGCCGGCUCAAGGCCUGGGCUCUUUCGUGCAUUGUGAACCCUGCGACGAGAAAGCUCUGUCCAUGUGUCCCCCCAGCCCUCUGGGCUGUGAGCUGGUCAAAGAGCCCGGCUGUGGCUGCUGCAUGACUUGCGCCCUGGCGGAGGGACAGUCGUGUGGCGUCUACACUGAGCGCUGCGCCCAGGGUUUGCGCUGUCUCCCCCGGCAGGAUGAGGAGAAGCCGCUGCACGCCCUGCUGCACGGCCGCGGGGUUUGCCUCAACGAAAAGAGCUACGGCGAGCAAACCAAGAUAGAGAGAGACUCUCGGGAGCAUGAGGAACCCACCACCUCCGAGAUGGCUGAGGAGACCUACUCCCCGAAGGUCUUCCGGCCCAAGCACACUCGCAUUUCCGAGCUGAAGGCCGAGGCUGUGAAGAAGGAUCGCAGAAAGAAGCUGACCCAGUCUAAGUUUGUGGGGGGCGCGGAGAACACUGCCCACCCCCGAGUCAUCCCUGCACCUGAGAUGAGACAGGAAUCUGACCAAGGCCCCUGCCGCAGACACAUGGAAGCUUCCCUCCAGGAGUUCAAAGCCAGCCCACGCAUGGUGCCCCGUGCCGUGUACCUGCCCAACUGUGACCGCAAAGGAUUCUACAAGAGAAAGCAGUGCAAGCCUUCUCGUGGCCGCAAACGUGGCAUCUGCUGGUGUGUGGACAAGUAUGGGAUGAAGCUGCCGGGCAUGGAGUACGUCGAUGGGGACUUUCAGUGCCACGCCUUCGACAGCAGUAACGUUGAGUGACGCGUCCCCUCCCUUCCUCCCCCUUUCCUACCCCCCAGCCCCAACUCCAGCCAGCGCCUCCCUCCACCCCAGGACGUCACUCAUUUCAUCUCAUUUAGGGGAAAUAUAUAUACAUAUAUAUUUGAGGAAACUGAGGACCUCGGAAUCUCUAGCAAGGGCUAAGGAGACACUCCCCAUCCCGACCCCGGAAACGUAUUCCUAUUUGAAGCAAGUUGAACGGACAGAGAAGGGAAGAAGAGAAGGGGCAAGAAGGAGCGAGGAAU